CUCAUCUCUAAAAGCUAUCAAGACAGCCACCAAGAUUCUCCAAAGAUGAAGGGCUUCCUCUUCCUCCUACUUACCAUCAGUCUCCUGGUUAUGAUUCAGAUACAAACUGGAGUCCUGGGGAACAGUACCACUCCUCGAAUGACCACCAAGAAAGUCAAGAGUGCGACCCCAGCACUCAGCAGCCUGGGCGGUGGCAGUGUCCUUCUCUUCUUGGCCAACACCCUCAUCCAGCUCUUCUACCUCAGCUGAGGUGACAUGCCUCAGCCCUAGCCCUGUGCCCCCUGAGAUAGCUGCCACCAUCGCUAGCGAGAGAAGCUCCCCCCACCCACCACCACAGGUCCAGGAGGGGUGGAUGCCAGAGAUCACCAGGUUGUUGGAAUUAAACGGUAGUGCCUUGGAGGCAAUGACCGACACAGGGAGGUACUGAUAUGGAGGGGCAAGCACCACCCAGCUGGGGGUCAAUAAACAUGUCCUGUACUCGG